AGGAGGAGGAGAAGUGUUGGCUUGCACUACAGCCGCAGUGCUCGUGCGUAGUUCAGAGAGUGAGGGGAGAGACGAGUGGUUGCAGAAACAAGGGGGGAGGCAGCGCGCCGCCGGACGCCCCCAUGGACAGGAAGGAUAUUUAACAAUCUGCCCUGGGAGCGCACAGACACUGCAGUCCAUGCCUGUGCCUUGCCGGGUCCUUGAUGGGAAACCAACUGGACCGGAUCACCCACCUCAACUACAGCGAACUGCCCACGGGGGAUCCGUCCGGGCUGGAGAAGGACGAGCUUCGCGUCGGUGUCGCCUACUUCUUCUCCGACGAGGAGGAGGAGGUGGUGGACGACCGCACACCAUCCGACUGCGGCUUCAGCAAGGACCACAGCCCGGCGGAGGAGGAGGAGGUGGAUGUGGAGGGCGGGGGGCCGUUCGCGGUGAGCGAGGUGGAGUACUCGGCGUUCUGCGCACAGGAAUGCAUCUUCUCCAAACUCCGGGAGAACGAGGACCUAGACGUGUACGCGGCGCCAACUUUGCUGGCCAUGUGCAAGCCGGGCGACGUGCUGGAGCUGGUGGCCGCCGCGCAGCCCCCGCACUGGGCCGUCUGCGAGCACGACGGCUGGGUCAUCCACCUGCACAAGGGCGAGAUCCGCAGGGACGACCUGCUUGACGUGUGCGGCGGCCGCCACGGCAGGAUAGCCAACAGCCGCUACCGGUACCGACCGCUCCCCGCCGACCUGGUGGUGCAAAACGCGGCGGGCCACGUCGGCUUGCGCAGCGAGGAGAUUUGCUGGACCAACUCGGAAAGUUUCGCCGCCUGGUGCCGCUUCGGCAAGAGGGAGUUCAAGGCCGGGGGGGAGGCGCACUCUGCCGAGCAGCAGUACUUCCUCAAGGUGCACCUGUCAGGCAGCGAGGUGCACACGUUGGUCUUUCGCAGCCUGGAGGACAUGAUCCGGGAGAGGCGACGAGUGGACGCCAGUGGAAUCCUCAAAGAGCUCUCCCUGGUUAACGGGGGCAAGGAGUGAUCAGGGAUUCCGUUUGAUAUCACCCCCUCUUCCUCCUACACCACCACCGCCCACCAUCUCUUCUCUCAAGCACAAACACCUGUUGGUUCUGGACUGUUUGGACCCUCUGUGAUGCGUUCAAAGACCGCUGAUGCUGUGCUGUUGUGGAAUCUCCUAUAGCAGAUGGAUUCAUGUAAACAAGACAACGCCCCUUUUCAACACAGCCCUCCCAAAAUGCCCCCUACCCCCCAAUUUCCCCUCUCUCUCAUGGCUUCAUUUCCGCUUGGUGGAAUUUGGGAGAUUCUCUGGAAGGUUCUAUUUUUUUACUGUUAGCUUUAAGAGUUCCCAUGCAGAGAGCUCUGAGUGACCGAUGGUUCCAUCGCUGCCUAAAUAACACAGACCAAGAAGAAGAAGAAGAAAAGAGAAGCAUUUGGCUCGUUCAAAGCUAGCCGACUUUUAAACGCCAUAAAACGACAGUAUUGUCAUCUCACAGCCAUCCUGCUCCACGGCAGUGGAUGUGUGAAAAAAAUGUAUUCCGACAUCAAGUCCCUUUAUUUUUGUAUUUCCGUUUGAGUGGUUCUUUACCCUGAUCUCUUGUUUCCUUGAUUUGGUUCAAAUAAAUGGAGGUUGAAAUAUGAAAAGCAAUGACUUGGUGGAGCAGGUGUUCUUUGGCUUGCAGCGGAGGCUGAUUAGGUUGUGCACGCACGUGACCGCCCCCUGCUUGAAUAGGUUCUUACCCGCUAUAUGAAUUAUUGAUGCUCUCCUGACCUGCCUCGGGCCCAGUCGGCUUCAUAUAUCUGCACGUAUCUGAAAGGCCAGGAAAUGGCCAUCUGCAUCAAAGCCACAGAGGCUUUAUGGAAAAUCCAUACGGACUUUAGCAGCCGUAAAUGAAGACACGUGCUUGCUUGUUAUUCAGGGAGUGAUAUUUGUUUUCCCUCAUAGUGCAACUUGCACCCUCUGCUAUGCGGCCAUAAUGUGAGGUUAUUCCACAGUGUGCUCUGCUCAAGGUAAUCACAUCAGCUUAAUUGAGGAGGCCCUGGUUGUAAAUGUGCUACAGUCUGUCUUCUUUUUGUAUUUUCAAAUCUGAUUUAGCGACAGAUAAAGCUCAAGGUAGCAGCGAUGGAAAGCCUCGUUUGUUCCGGUGUUUACAUACGCGGUUGGCAGAGCCUCCGGUGGUUUGGCUGCAGCCAACUGGCAGACAAAGAGCUCUCAGUGUGGGAGAGCGCUUGGCUGCGUUGUUGCGUCUGCUGUUGUGGUGCACAGGAAUGUGUAGGUGAGUCAAUCCAGGGUCCCUCUGAUGGCUGCGCUUGUCUUUUGCUAUUUACAUGUCUACAUUCUGCUUUUCAAACAGCAGUGAAUCUUGUACUCUAAGUCUUUCGCUGUCAAGCCAGCACUUCGGGUUCUUGCUUCUACAUGGCUUUGUGGACAUUGAAGUUCUCUUUUUGCUCUGCUCGUUUUGACUCCGUUUUCUUUGUAGCAAUCGCACGAAAACACAGAAUAAUGCUUUCGCCGCAGUGGCGAAUUGGACGAUUGGUUACAUGAUUCUGGAUCAUGUGCAGAAACAGGUCUCAACGUGAACGUGUUCUUAAAACGACAGCGUUAAGUGAACAGUCAACAACACUAGUGGAAAACGUGGCUUAUAACGCAUACAUUUGCGUUACUUACAUGACAUACAGUAAAUGCUCCAAUUAAACGCCUCUUUCGAACCGCCCAGUCUCAUAGUUGCAGAGGGCCGGGGUCUCUAAUCAGCUUCAGGCCAGGGGCGGCUGUUUGUUUAUUGGCCCGUGGCGCAUUCUAAAAAUAUAAUUUAACAGAAAACCCAACAAAAAAAUCAGCAGUAAUUUUACAAGAACAAAGUCAAAAUAUUAAGAGAAAAAAGUUGUAAUCUAACAAGAAAAGGUCCUCAUUUUUCGAGAAUAACAUUGCUCUCGUAAAAUUGAAGGGCACAAGCUCACUUGAUCUUGAUUUUCAGUAUGAGUACAGACGUCGAGUUCCACGUCGGCUCUUCCUAUGCAUGUGAAGCAGACGUCACCCAGCCUCGGACGGUUCAGCCACUAAGAGGGAAGGUGAGCUGGCUUUAGACUGUGAGACAGGGUAGGUUUACCCUACUGAUAAUGUGCUGUUGCAAUAGUAAUCUCUCCUCUAAUACUAUGAGGAAAACAACCUCAUUUUAUAGCAUAGAGUUGAAAUGUUAAAGACUUUUGAAAGACUUGAAAAAGUCGUAAUAUUAUGAGAAAUAAACAAAACAACAAAUUCAGUUGUGAUUUUUCGAAGAUUAGGUUGACAACAAACUAAAGCUUUAAUGUUACAAGAAUAAAGUCUAAAUAUUAUGGGAAUAACGUUGUAAUAUUGCCAGAAGAAAAUGUAAGAAAGUUAAGAAAGAAAGAAAAGAGUUCUAAGGAGAAAAAAGUUGUAAUUUUAUGAGCAUAAACUCGUAAUAUAAUGAGGAAAAAGAAUGUCACUUAAGUAGCAAGGAGUUGAAAUAUGAAAGAAAAUAUGUUGGCAAAUGCAAAAAAAACAAACAAAAAACAGCAAAAAUGUAAAACAAAAAGAGCAAAGACAAAAGUUGAUACUAGUAUGCUUUUCCACCUAUCACAAAGCUGAGAUGCACUUUCUUCUUGAAACAUAUACUGUAUAACUUCUUUGCAUACGCUUACAAAACAUCAAAGUUGCAUCCUUCCAUUUUUCAGUAUGUGGCCCUCGCCGGAAAAAGUUUGGACACCCCUGCUUUGUAGUUUUUUUCCCCUAAAAGAAGCCCACAAGUUGGCAGUAGCCGCAUCUGAAGUUUCACCAGUGAGCAUCUACCUCUGCUUGCGUGUUAAAAUGUUUGUUGUUGGUGUAAAGCUAAUACCGUACUGUUAUUACUGCUAGCUGAGCAGUGUGCUGCUUACCGCUAUGACAUCGGUUCUGUCACUAUUGUGGUGGGCAAUACACUUGUUCGUAAAUGACCAUGUAGUAAAAGAGAGCCACUGUUCCCUUUCCACUUUCUCAAGCACUCCAAAUCAUUAUUAUAAUAAUGAUGAUUUUAAACUUGAUAAAGUUUUUUUUAAAAAAAGAAGAUAUAUGAGUUUUCAACUUUGGGAAAUAACUCUCCGGUUAUCACCUGCUCCCAAGUAACCCCCCAUCCUCCUCAGUAAAUAAAUAGAGCAUGUACUGUAUGUGCCAUCGCCAACUACUGGUCUGGAGGGCAUAUUGCGGUGCCGCUGUGGUGUAGCCCAGUUCUCCUGUGAAAUGUGGUCCUAUUUUCAAGAGCUUUGUAUUCUGACGGAAUCGGUCGUCUUGGCUGUUUGUGUUUCAUGUCUUUAAUCAGGCUUUGUGUUCACAUCCCCACAGCCUCAGGUGGGUGUGCACGCCGGCCUCUGGAGAGUUAGUGAAACGAGGCUAGUGGGACAGUCAGAGCUGGAGUUUGGGGUUUGAUUUACUCGUGUGCGUGUGCUUGUAUUUGUGUUUGUGCAAGUGACCAUAUGUGCGAGUGGGCUGGCGGAGAAGACAGCGAAACAACAAGCUUGAAGAUUGAGUGUGUCGCUGCGCCUCGGCCAUAUGUCGCCCGGCAUGUUUAUUCAUGAGCGUCAUCUUUUCUUUCUUUUUUUAAAUAUAUGUAGUGGCAGAAGUGUGAGGGUAAACACCGUUACUACGGAAACGGCAGCCACCGUCAUUAGGCUGAGCAUCCACGAGGGCUUUUUUGUGCAACUCCUCCACAGUUGUUAUGCUUAACGGCUACUCAUGUAAAACAAACAUGACAACCCAACGCCCUUUCCUAUCAUCCUCACCCCAGAACGAGCUCACGAGGGACGAGGCGCUGGUGUUUGUGUGUCCCUGUGCAUCGCUGUGCGUCUGGACAAAGAGGAUCUCCGUUAGCUCGCUGGCAAGACGGCUCAAUCGGCGGUCUCAGAGGGGACAUUCUCGGGAGGAGAGAACAAGACAGAGUAUCCUGUCUGCACCAUGUCUUUAAGAAGAUCCGCCUCUAAUCUCGACACCGUGCUGGCCUCCCAGCAGACUCUCGUUUUCCCUCUCUCGCUCUCGUCUUCUAUUCUCCCGCAACCACAAUGGCGACAAAAAGCGGCUGGUGUAAAUGAGGUGGUGAUAACUGGGUUAUAGAUGCCGUUCAAAAGCAGGGUUUUCAUGUGAGCAUCUGCUCGUGAGACAAGCCUCAAAGCGGCGUUUAAAGCAGUGACAGACUGCUGUCAGUGAGUGGACGCCGAUUCCUUUCAGCCAUAGAGGAUGAACCUGGUGGUCCGCAGCGAGUACUCGCCUGACAGACAACAAUCUUACACCAACAAGUAUGGCCCAUAUGGGGGCUGUCCACACGCUUCUCACGUCAAAACAGCCAAGUAUUUCAUCACUUCAGCUAGGGAUGCUCCCAUCAGGUUUUUAUGCUGCCGAUACCCAUACCGAUCAUCCAUGAGUGAAAUCAGCUGAUACCCAUGCGGAUGAUGUAGAUGACGUGUAACUGUUGAAAUGUACUGUUGGCUAUAUCCGGGGCACCGACGUUGUUUCUUGUGAGAACUACUUUUACAAAAUGCAAAUGGCCAAGACCAAUUCAUUUUAGCAACAUUUAUUUUCAUGCUGGAUUUCAAGGCAGACAAAGCCAACAUGCUGGUAUCCACAACCCCCACUUUCUAUUUCACCAUGCAUUGCUUUCUAGGCUUCUCACUUGAUUAUGAAAACCUGAAUGAAGAGCCUCAUGUGGUCCUGGGGUCCCGAUGUGAAAUGGGAACCAUCACAUUUGGACAACAACAUAUUGGACUUCCUUUUUCAAAAUCGCUGGUAAACCUUAGCGGAUCAGGCGCCUUCUUUAAGGAGACUUUGGAUGCAAGAGCAGCUUGGUGGCGCUCCAGCAGGACCCCCAGGCAGUCGGCAAACCCGGUUUCCUCCAGUCGACGAAUCCAACCACUUUUCAGGCCUUCCACCUUAGACCUCCGACUGCCACACACAACCGCCAUGUCCCGCGUUUGGAAUAAUUAGCCGCCGCUGCGAGCGAUCACAUCGUGAGCUGCGAAAACUCACUACACCCUGCCAAGCACCCGCCCCCCAAAUGCCGCACCAAACUAAAGCUUUUUAAGGCGUCCUCAGCAGGGUGCAAAGCGUAUAUCACUCUCACAACGACAGAAGUCCUACACAGCAGCCAUGCUUGUUUGGCUUUGUGAAUGGAAAGUGGGUGGGAGAUGAUCGCUAUAGGCUGGUCCUAUCCAGCACUCUGGAAUAGACUUUCCCAAGGAGGCUGUCAUUAGAACACGCCCUCCGGUCACCCUUCUGGAAAAGGGGGACCACCACCCCGCUCUGCCGAUUAAAAGGUGACUAUAGGGGUGUUAUUUCAUGUCUAGAGGGCUCUAAUAAUGUUCAGUAACUGUGUUCGGAAGUUUAUAAAGAGGUUUUCUAUGCUAACUAUGAAAAUAUUCCAUUUAUAAAAAAGGACUCCUACUUUGCAACACUUCACUUAUCAGGUUUGGGUCCGGAACCAGUUAACCACGAUUAACGAGGGAUUACUGUACUACCAUUUACGUUGGCACCACUGCCUUUGCGAUACAGAGUUGCGUCAGCACAGAGUCAGGCUUUAUAGUCCAAGAGGACGUCAUUUUGCUGUUUUUAAAUUCCUGUAGGAGUUUAUGUGCUGUGACAAAAAGCCAAAGCUACCAAAGAAGUGCUUCCACUAAGUCCCGUAGUGGCUGGAAGCACACAAUGGCUUCAUGAAAAAAAAAGUCUUUCACUUGGAAUUCUUUCUUUGCUGUUCAUACUUAAAAGUCAACUUUAAGUCAGUUGGCAUGGAAUCGGACCUAGAACGGGCUUUAACGAUGGUGACUCAGGUGCGUCUUAUACCUGGUCCCCUCCACCGGCCUAACACUUUAAAGGUGUGUGGCCAGAACCUCACCCCCUCCCUUUAAACGGUCAGCCCCACUUCUUAACGAGUAAAAAGACAAAGUGCCCUCAGGCGGCCGGGCGCAAUCACGGUUUGAUUAAUAGGACGGAUCCAGCAUGGCCACGCCGUUCCCCCUCUGUGGCUUUAACCCUUCUUUAAAAAGUCACCACAAAGGUUACGGCAAAUGUCGUCGUGAGCAUUUCAUCAGCUACCAGCCGCCCCGUUCCAACCAACCCCCUGAAAAUGUCACGGCGGGCCCCCGUGUAGCCGGCCAUAAAAAGGUUUUUACAUUUGCUAACGCUACCCAUUACACUUGAAAUUGCCUUUGGCAUCUUUUUAAAAGUUGAACAGUCCCCUGGGUGAACACACUUGGACGAUGCUUCAUUCUUGCCUCUCACUGCAGAAGGACGCCACACACCCUGAAUAAAAACCACACAUGGGAGUGUUUGACAGGCGGGGCCAGCUGAGAAAAUAAGCAUGCAGCUCAUCCCUGCAGCAUGCGCUUGCAUAUUUACAAGCACUGCCAUGCAGCUCAACACCGCACAUGACAUGCGUGAGGAAGGGCCGGACGAUAGAACACGCUGCCGUCUUACCACUCCUGCAGGCUGCGUUGAUGUGCUGGGGGGCUACAACACCACGGAGAAUCAUUUACUGCAAAGGCGCAAAGCAAUUUACACACAACCUGUUCAUGAGAAAAACGCAAUAAGGAACAAGCCUGAUGAUGACAACAAACCCUAAACAUUAAACCCUUCAGUCAUGGGCUGCUUUUUUCUUCUUCUUAUUUAUAUUUUCAACCCUCAAGGGGAGCAGGAAAAAAGCCCAGCAAGAGGCUGCAGCAAGCAGGUGGAAAAUGAAGCAGAGCAUUGCUUGUCAAUUAGUGUUAACAGCUGUCUUUUCAUGUUGUUAUGGAUUUUAAAAGGCACACAUCCUGCACAGUUAAUGAGUGAGCAGAAGAUCAAUGGCGGGACAAACAUCUGCUACAGCUUCACACGCUCUUAUACCUGACUUGAAGCACUUUUUUGGUCAUGAAGGAACCAUUGGUAGUGCUGCGGUCUUCAUUGGAUGCAGGGCUUCUUCUCAUAUACAGACCCUUUCCAAAAAAUUAGAAUGUCAUGGAAAAGUUGUUUUAAUUUCCAUAAUUCCAUUCAAAAAGUUAAACUUUCAUAGAUUAUAGAUUCAGGGCCCACAAUUUAAACGAUUUCAAGUAUUUAUUUGUUUAUUUUUACAUAAUUUGGGCUUUGGGCUCAUAAAACCCACGAAAACAGGAAUUCAAAAAAUUAGAAUACUGUGAAGAAAUCACCAUUUACUUCUCAGUUUUUGCAGGAAAAAAAAGAAAGAAAUUAGAAACACAUCAAAUCAAUCAAAAUAUGGUACUUUCAAAACGAUAUGUCAAUCUUCAAUACUUGGUUGGGAAUCCCUUUGCCUUAAUCACUGCCUCGAUGCCACGUGGCAUUGAAGCAAUCAGCCUGUGGCAUUGCCUGGGAGUUAUGGAAGCCCAGAUUUCCUUGAUGCUUGCUGUCAGCUCUUCUUUGUUGUUGGGUCUGGUGCCCCUCAUUUUCCUCUUGAGAAUACCCCAUAGAUUCUCAAUGGGGUUUAGGUCCGGUGAGUUGGCUGGCCAGUCAAGCACUGUGAUGGCAUGGGCAUCAAACCAGGUUUUGGUGCUUCUGGCGGUAUGGGCAGGGGCCAGGUCCUGCUGGAAGAUGAAAUCUGCAUCUCCAUACAGAUCCUCAGCAGAAGGAAUCAUGAAGUCCUCUAAAACAUUCUGGUAGACUGUUGCGGUGACCUUGGAUUUAAGAAAGCAGAGUUUACCAACACCUGCACCGGACAUUGCACCCCAAAUCAUGACGGACUGUGGAUAUUUCACACUGGACCUCAGGCAGCUUGGGUUCUGUUCCUCACCCGUCUUCCUCCAAACCCUUGGACCUUGAUUCCCAAAUGAAAGGCACACUUUACUUUCAUCGGAAAAGAGGACCUUGGACCACUGGCCAACAGUCCAGUCCUUCUUCUCCUUGGCCCAGUGGAGACGCUUCCUACGUUGGCUCUGCAGUCUUCCUCAUAUUGAACCGAACUGAGACAAUUGAACCAAACUGAAGCAAUUUAAUGACACCUGGGGAAGCCUGUGCAGGUGAUUUGAGUUUAGUAGAUGAUUAGUGUGUGACACUCAGUUUAAAACAUUCAUGCCCUGCAAAAUUUGGGCUGAUUUCUUCACAGUAUUCUAAUUUUUUGAAUUCCUGUUUUCGUGGGUUUAAUGAGCUGGAAGCCCAAAUUAUGUAAAAAUAAACAAAUAAAUACUUGAAAUUGUUUAAAUUGUGGGCCUUGAAUCUAUAAUCUAUGAAAGUUUAACUUUUUGAAUGGAAUUAUGGAAAUUAAACAACUUUUCCAUGACAUUCUAAUUUUUUGGAAAGGGUCUGUACAGUCCAUCUUCUCAUACAGCAUGUGCAUCCUAUUUCCUAGUAGGCCCCCUUUUAACCCAGCUAAAUAUAUACAAAUGAGAAAAUAAUAUUAUUAAUACAUCAUUAUUAUUAAUAUUGUAUAUUAUAUUUAUUAA